UAUCGAUAACACGAUUUCUCCCCUGCCGUCGAGUUGGCAGCCCAACAUCUGAUUCACUAUUGAUUUUUGUACAAAUAACAAAAGAAACGCAAAUCGUUAGUGUAAAAAAAGCAUAAAAAAUUGGCAUGGCGAAACACAGCACGCUGCUGCUGGUGCUCGUGCUGGUACUGGGCUGUAUAGCCAGCCACGCCAGCGACAUCACGGACAAGGUAUUCGGCACCAACAAAGAGGGCAUUGUGGCUGCCUUCGGGGACUUUAAUUCUGAUGAACUGACGGACGUUUUCCUCAUACGCGAUCAGAAGACGCUGCAGAUUCUCUACGGGCACGAUACAGAGCCCUUACUCGCCGCGGGACCCUACUGCCACUACGCCGAUAAGACCAUUGUGAGCGUAAUUCCCGGAGACUUUGAUGGCGACGCACUGAUGGAUGUGCUGGUUAACCUUAAGGCUAGCGGGAGCGAUACAUACGAUGUGCUCGUUAACUGGGGCAACACCACCGAGCUCAUAUGUUCCAAGGAGCCACUAUUCAGGAGCAAGGGCGAGGUUAUGGCCCUAGAUUUUAAUCGCGACAUGAUCAUCGAUCUGUAUGGCUUGGACGAGAAUGGCGUUCGCACUUUUUGGAUAUUCAGCAGCAGUCGACAGCCGCCGCAGGUGGUGCACCAGGCGGAGCCCACGGAGAUCAAAGGCAAUUCGCUGAGCAUUCCCAAUGCCAACGCCUAUCUGGAUCUCAACGAGGACUUCCUGGCCGAUCUGUUUCUGCAGACAAAGGACUCGUACGAGAUCUGGUAUGGAAUCGAUGAGCCCGACAAGCAGGAGAACUUUAGCUAUGACCACCAGAUCAAGUUCCAGCUAAUCGGCGAAAAAGAUUACCAAGUCGGUCAGGCCGUCUUCAUGGACUUUGAGCUGAAGGGCGUGCAGAAUAUUGUGGUGCCUUUUUGCAUCCACUCGGGCUGCCGGAACUCUUCAAUUAUCGUGCACAAUGGAAAAGAUUUCCACAAUCUUCAUGUCAACUUUCGCGACCCUCAGGGCGUUACCUGGACGUUUGUGCCGCCUGUAGCUGAUGAUGUCUACCUAAGGACCAUUACGGCCAGGAGCGGCGAUUUCAAUCUGGAUGGUUAUCCGGAUCUGCUGGUUACCCUGCAGCCCCUGAACGUGGAUAAGCCAGUGACGCAGACGUUCCUGCUGGAAAACGUGCCGUGCACUGUGUGCGACAAGCCGCUGAAGCGUACAUUCGAGGUGCGUUGGAACGCUCUGUCGCCGAUGGGCAACCAUACAGUGGCGGGCGCCUUCUAUGAUUUCUACCAGGACGGCGUUUUGGAUGUGAUACUCACCCGGAAGAAUGAUCAGGGCAAAUAUCAGCCCCUGGCCUUCCGUAACACCUUGGACUAUGAUGCCAAUUUCGUGAAGGUGAUUGUACUGACGGGUCUGGACAACAAGCAAAAUCCAGAGCGACGCACUGCCUUGGGCAGGAGGCAGCGCACAUAUGGCACUAAUUUGCCAGGACCCCGCAUCACCUACAGCACCAUCACCCAGGACGGGGAUCAGCAGUGCGGUAGCAGUGUACAACUACCGCAGGCCUCCUACUUUGCCCUGCAGCUGCCGUACACCUGCUUUGGUCUGGGGCGAACGCCGAACUUUGUGGACCAACUGGUCGUUGGCCUGGGCAGCAAGUUUCGGAACUGGACGCAGGUGAUACCCAAUUCCCAGAUGAUUGUGGUGCCAAAGCCACUGAAUGAGCCAACACACUGGAAGGCCCAGCUGUUUGUCACGCCCAGCAAACUCAUUCUAAUGAGCGUGGUGGCACUGGGCGGCACUUGUCUGGUCAUUGUCCUUAUCAUCUUGGUGCUGUACAUCAAAGAGAAGCGCGAGGAUAAGCAGGAGCGUCUGCAAGAGUCCCACAGAUUCCAUUUCGAUGCGAUGUAAAAGGGUAUCGCCAAAACUAUAAAUAUAAACUAAGUCUAACUUUAUAAUUCCUGUUUCAGUUGAGUUUUAUUUGUGAUUAAUGAAUAUUUAAAAGGUUUAUUCUUUGUUGAUUCCUUUAAGAGCAUUUUCAUCUCACUUUAGAAAAAGAAAAUGCAUUGAAAUAUAUAAUUUCAAGGCUCAAAACUCUUGAGGGAAUCCACAGAGUACAUCCAAUAUAAUAUAUGUAUUUAUAUGGUUUAAGAAAUGUGAUAAAUCAAUAAAGAAAUAUAAUAAAAGAAUAAGAGAA